CUUAGGAGCCUCGAGUACGCAGGCGCGAGCGCGGGAACCGGGAACCGGGGUUUGAGUUUCUGACAAACUUUCUGCCCGCGCAGUCCGGGGUGGCUCUCCUGGUCCUUCUUGCAGGUACGUGAGGAAAGAGCCAGGAGGGGGAGGGGAGACUCUUGGGUGGAAGCUGUACGGAAACGGGCAGCGGGGCCCCUCUCUCCUCCUGCUUCCGAGGGGGAACCAUCUGCUUCCCUCCCUCCGCCGCUCCCCGCCGAGAGUUUCUACGGAAGCAACGGCGUUUGGCGUGUAGGGCUAUAACUAGGGUCCUCCAGGUCCCUUGAGUGAUGCUCACCGCCUUCCCUGCGGUAUAUAAUAAACACGGACGUGCAUGUCCAGGUGUCUGCGCACGUGAUGCAUAUAAACGUCACCUGGCGUUAUGGGUCAGGGGAGGGUGCCUACACUGCAGGGGGGGUGGAUGCCAUUGAGUUAUGUGGUCCAGGACGUGCUAGUGUGGAGGUUAAGAGAGUGGGCUGAAAUCAGCCCAGCCAUGAGAAGGUGAGGGCAGUUCUAGCAAGGCUGUGUGUCAUCAACCAGCCCUGCCGCCCUCAGCAACUGUCUAUGAGACAUGCACUUGCCUGCCUUCCAGGUUGAUAAUGUAUUGAGGUCAGAUGAUGUUUGCGAUGUGCUUUGAAGUACAUCAUUGGGAAAGUGCUGGCAUUUUUAUUAUUAAUCUCCACUCUCACAGAAGGAGCUUUGAUGCUUAACCCAUUAGCAGUAAGGAGUAACACACACAAACUUAAUGCCUUUGGAAACAAAUAACUCUUUUGUUGCUCAUCAGUGAAGCUCCAUGGGAAGUACCGUAGUUAUUUUCAUUGUCCCACUACAUUUUAUUUACUUUUCCAGCUAUUAUUAUUAUUAUUAUUUAAAUUUAUAUACCAAAGGGCAUCAGAGGGCAGUUUACAAUAUAAAAACACAGUGGUACAUAACAAGCACAGGAACAAGCAAAAACAAUGCCACCCACCCACUCCAGUUUAAAAGGCCAAUGUUUGUUCAAUUAGUCAAAGGCCUGGGUGAAGAGGAAUGAUUUUGCCUAGUACCUAAAGGUACGUAACAGGCACCAGGUGAGCCUCCAUGGGGAAAGCACCUGCUUUAAUAAUAUAUAUAUACAUAUGGGAAGGAAAGAACAGGAGUGACAAUCCAUGUCUAUAAUCACUGUAUUUUUUUAAAUGCAUCUUGUGCAACAUGCUACAAUAACUUACAUCUGAAUUAAACAAUAUAAUAUAAUAUAUUACUACUAUGAAAAAUUGUAUUCCGGUGCCUCUGAAAAUCACGUGGAACAGUGCAUCACUUUUGAGUUUCAUUGCUGUGAAAGUCAAAAUGUCUGUGUUUGCUUUGAAAAGGAUGAAAGUAUUCACUUGUGAAAUUGCAUGGCACAAUAAAGAACCAGUGUACAGCUUAGACUUUCAACAUGGCACUGAUGGGAAAAUCAAUAGACUAGCUUCUGCUGGAGUGGACACUGCUGUUCGUGUGAGUCACAAACAUUAAUCUAUGGGAUACUGCUAAAUCUUCUAUAUUUGUACAAAUGUAACAACAGAGAAACAUUUAUGUUUGUAGGGGGCAGACAGCAAGAGUAACUCCUUAUUUCUGUAAACAAAUCUUGAUCUACAUCUCCUGGCUACAACGCAGAGACAGGGCUAAUGCUACAAUUGUUUUAACUGUUUUAUUUUUUAAAAAAAAAUGUGUGGGAGUUUUGUUGUUGUUUGUUUUAAUUGAGGGAGAGGAGAUGGUGAGGGCUCAUCAAUGAGCCUAAGUAGUAGCCAUGAAGGCAGCAAGGAAGCCACACUUUGCGGCCUCCAUUGCAUCCUUAUUGUGCUGUCCGACAAAGCUUUUUGAGUAACUAAAUUGGCUAAUUAAACAAUCUAUGGCCUUUGAAAUGGGGGAGGAGAGAGAGAGUAUUGUUUUUGUUUGUUAUUAUGGUAUGUAUUUUUGUGUUUUUAUAUUGUAAACUGUCCUGUGAUCUUUGGAUGAAGGGUGGUAUAGAAAAUGAAUGAAUGAAAAAUAAAUAUUAUAAAGUUUAUUUGUAGUAUGUUGGGUUUAAUAAUUGUAGCUAAAUUAUAUGAGAUCACUAUAAAUGUGUCAAUGGACAUUAUAUAUGAGGUUUGGGUUUGAAAGAGGACUGUUUGUAUUAUAAAAUGAGUUGUCAAAAGUUAGUAUCUUUUUAGUUAUCUUGACAUUUAUGCUCUCUUUUAUGAUGAGUAUGUAUGUCUCCCAAAAUCAGUGAAAUUCAUGCGCAUGAAAUUUCAUGAGGUUUUGGGAUAUGCUUGUUUACUGUCUCUGACUAUAAUAUUUCAUAACUAGAUAUGGAAAGUAGAAAAAGGACCAGAUGGAAAAGCAAUUGUGGAAUUCUUGUCCAAUUUAGCUCGCCAUACCAAAGCUGUGAAUGUUGUGCGUUUUGCUCCCAAUGGUGAGAUUCUAGCAUCUGGUGGAGAUGGUAUGUAUUAAAUCAAUACUGAACUCUUACCAUUUAAUUGAUUAUUUUGUAAUUUGUAAUAAUAUAAUGUAUCUAAUUUAAUACUAUAUAUUCCGUUACAAAAGACCACAUACAAUAGCACCUCAGAUAACCUAUUAACACAAAAUUAGAUGGAUAAGUGGAUAUUCUGAACCUUAGACAUUAAAAAAAAAAUACUGUUUUCAUUAACAGAACAAAUGUACUGAAUCAUAUAGACAGAAUGAAUAUUACAGUAAUACAAAUUAUAUCCUUUACAUUGUUGAAAUUUUUAAAAGUCUUAUUACAUUUGUAUCCCACUUUUCUUCCAAGGAGCUCAAGCUGGUGUUCAUAGUUCUCUCCCCAUUUUAUCCUCACAACCACCCUGUGAAGUAGGUUAGGCUAAGAGACGAUGACUGACUCAAGGGGGUUUGAACCCUGCUCUCCCAGGUCCUCGUUCAACAAUACAACACUACACACACCAAUAAACUAAAGUAAUAUUCACAACCUCCUCUUAAACAUUCUUGCAUGUUUUUGAUCUGUUCCAGUAUAGCUCGAAAAAAAUCUUGCUCAGUUUUUAAAUGACUUUCAUCAGAUUUUAGACUGUCCACAUUAUUUAUAACCUCUUUGACAAUGUUGUGCAUAGUUUUUCCAAAAAUAUAAUCAUCUGUUAUGUAAAAUGUUUUGAAGACUGGGCAGCUGAAACACAGUGAUUAUUACACUGAAAUCCUCAAAACUAUUUCACUGAAAUGAAAAACAACAACAAUAAGUUGACUUACUCAUGUGAAAUGGCAGUUUACCCAAUCUUAGACCAAACACCUUGUCCAGAAGCACAAAAAUAUUUGGCUAUAACUUUUUUUAGCUCUGCUGCUUGGGGUAAAAAUGUCCUUAUGCUUUUGUACAUUUUCAGAUGUUUUUAAAUGUUUUGAAUACAUUUUAAAAAAUUUAAUAACCUUGUUCUACCACUUUGAUGCUUGCCACCUUAGGCUUCUUUGGGAGGACAGGUAGGGUGAAGAUUUGAUAAUUAAUUAAUUAAUUAAUUAAUGAACACAAAAACAAAUGUUUUGUAUAUUGUCCAGUGAAAUCCAAGCAUAUCUACUCAGAAGUAAGCCCUGUUGUGUUCAUUGGAGCUUACUCCCAGGUAUAUAAGUUUGCAGCCUAAUCACGGCUACUAGUGUGUACUAUAUAAUACUGCACUGUCGUGAUAAAAUGACGGGGAGAAUGAAGUUGUGAAAAACGUUCUCAUUGAGAUUAAUUUUCACAGAUGCUGCGAUUUUGUUGUGGAAGUUGAAUGAUAACAAAGAGCAAGAGCCAACAGUAUUUCAGGAUGGUGAUGAUGAUAACCAACUAAACAAGGAGAACUGGACAGUAAUUAAAACUUUAAGGUAAGAUUUGUUGCUUUUGGUUAAGUUUCACUGAGUGAUCUAUUCAGUUUUAAUAGCAGCUGCUGGCGAUAUCACACAUCAUUUUUAAAAAAAUAAUUUAUUAUAGCUGCAACCUUUAAUUUUUAGGAGUUAUAGCUUUGUGGUUUAUCUUCAGGACUUUCUAGAUUCCAAAAAGUAACCCAAAAAUAAAAAAAUACAUGGAGUCAGCAUACUUGUAUCUUAUAUAGUUUUUUUCUUUUCUGUGUUUCUAAUUCAUAACUGUUUGGUAAGUUUAUGGAAAAUGAAUGAAUGAAUGAAAGAGAUAGAUGAUAGAGAUUAAGAUUACCAGUUUCUGUGUCUGUUUCUUCACUUCUGCUUGCUCUUCUGCUCCUCCCUCUGUCUCUCACACACUGAGGGUGGGUGGACCCACCUGAACAGAGUUUGGUGCUGCGAAGUGCAAUGCUGGGAUAAGAUGGGAAAUGGGACAUGCAUCAUUUUAUGUCACCCUCCAUGCAAUAUGGGGGUAAAAGAAAAGUGAGUGUAUGUUGCCCAUAACUUCGUUGCCCUCUGUGUAUGUGCUUAAUUCCAGAGGUCAUUUGGAAGAUGUGUAUGAUAUUUGCUGGACCCCUGAUGGAAACUUCAUGGCAUCUGCAUCAGUUGACAACACAGCUAUAAUGUGGGAUGUCAGUAAAGGUAAUUGCUAUGAUUUUGCUUUUAUGUAAACCUAUCCUUUCUUCUCGAGUUUUUCCCAGAGUUUUAGACUGCUGUACCUGGGACGCGGGUGGCGCUGUGGUCUAAACCACAGAGCCUAGGGCUUGCCGAUCAGAAGGUCGGCGGUUCGAAUUCCCGCGACGGGGUGAGCUCCCGUUGCUCAGUCCCUGCUCCUGCCAACCUAGCAGUUCGAAAGCACUUCAAAGUGCAAGUAGAUAAAUAGGUACUGCUCCGGCAGGAAGGUAAACUGCUUUUCCGUGUGCUGCUCUGGUUCGCCAGAAGCGGUUUAGUCAUGCUCGCCACAUGACCCGGAAGCUGUACGCUGGCUCUGUUGGCCAGUAAAGCAAGAUGAGCGCUGCAACCCCAGAGUCAUUCACGACUGGACCUAACGGUCAGGGGUCCCUUUACCUUUACCUGGGAAAUAUGCUCUGAAAAUCUUGGCAAACUGCUAUUAACAUUCCUGUCCGGUAUGAAAAGAAUGAUUUGAUUCAUUAUUAAGGUAAUCCAGAGCUAUUGUAUUCUCUGUGGCCUUCAACAGGUCUAUGGUCUCACACUACUUUAGGGUUGUCUACUUGAAGGUUGGCUUUUAGGAUAAGCACAAUAAAGAUUAAGCAUGUUGAUAAAUAAUGACCAUGGUAGUUGUCUACUGGAUAGAAAAUAAUGCUGUUUUUGUAAAACUGUGGGGUUUAAACAGAUUUGUAGGUGGAAUGCCUUGUUAUGAGGAAGGAAUACGGCCUAUUAAAAGUCUUUUAAAAUUAGAUCAGUGUCUGUUCUGAUUUGUGUAUGUGUCAGUUUUCCAAGCAAACAAUAUUUCAGAGAUAGCCAUAAUUUUGAGUUUCUACUUCAUUUGGGCUCAUGGAAGCUCCUCCAUGUAAAACAAUGGUUUAGCAUUGUGUACAAGCCACACCAAAGAGAAUGAUUGAUCCAAAUUAUUUCUGCAUUAGUUAUCAUAUGACAUCUCAUUUAAAAAGCAAUUCACUGUUAAUAUUACUUCCAGGGCAAAAGGUUUCUAUUUUUAAUGAACACAAAAGUUACGUUCAAGGAGUAACCUGGGACCCUGCAGGACAGUAUAUUGCAACUCUUAGUUGUGAUAGGUAAGUCAUUAAUGCUGGGGAAGAGAAAUUUCCAUUGAUGUCUUUUACUUUUUAUAUUUUGUUUCCUAUGGUGUUUAGAAUAGUUCAUUAUUUAAAUGCUAGCUUUCCUGAAUGGAAUGAAUUUGGUUGCUUUAAAAUGCCUAUUUCCCUUAGUCCUGUAGGAUCGCCUUGUUUCCACUGUUCAGAAUAAGACCAAUGCUAUAGUGUCUUCUUCUCGCUACCCUUUAACAUAUAUAUAUAUAUUAAUCAUACAGAACAUAAAAGAGGGUGGGUGUUUUGUUUGUAAUUAACAGCUUUCCUUUUUAUGUAGGGUUUUGAGAGUAUAUAAUACGCAGACUAAGAGAGUGGCAUUUAACGUUACCAAAAUGCCGUCGGGCAGAGGAUCUGAAGGAGAGGUCAGAAUUUUUUGUUUUUUUAAACAACUGAUGUUUCAAAACAUAAUUCUUGGUGGGUUGAGGGAAUCUUCUCUCUGGUUACACGUCUAAAGAAGUUAUUAUUUAUUUUUAUUUUAUUACUUCCUAAAAUUUAUAUGCCACUUGAUUGCAGAAAACCUCAAAGUGGUUUACAACCUGUAAAGAAGUUAUUGGUAUAAACAUUAUCUUAUCACUGGAAAUACAAAUACCAGAGCAACAGGGUAAAUUCUGUCUGUCUGUGCUUCAUUCUGUUUUCUUCAACCUUCUCUCCCCCUGCAAACUGGAAAGGGAGAGGAAGUGAGAAGGCAAACAUUGAUCCUAUUCCUCUUUGCAUGCUGCAGAUAUGAACUAUUUCUGUUGCACUUCCUUUCUUAUUCUGACCCAUCCAACUAUUGCUCCCUCAUUCCUCCCCGCCCCAAAGCAUUACUCAAAGGAAGGUGCAGGACAGGUAUUUCUUAAUGAAGGAAAAUCUAUGGUACAUCUUUCAUUCAGGGUUGCUUCAAACCUAAAGAGAGAGAGAAUAUCAAUAUACAGUGGUACCUCAGGUUAAGUACUUGAUUUGUUCCGGAGGUCCGUUCUUAACCUGAAACUGUUCUUAACCUGAAGCACCACUUUAGCUAAUGGGGCCUCCUGCUGCUGCCGUGCCGCCAGAGCACGAUUUCUGUUCUCAUCCUAAAGCAAAGUUCUUAACCUGAAGCACUAUUUCUGGGUUAGCGAAGUCUGUAACCUGAAGCGUCUGUAACCCGAAGUGUAUGUAACCCGAGGUACCACUGUACUUGUACCAUGAAAAGCCUUUUGCACCAACACUUCUCACAUUGUGGUAAACCGCUUUCUACACAAGGAUAGCUUCAUGUUGGAAAACUGCAAUGUGUGAAGCAGCGUUUACUAAUAAAUGAAUCAGGAUAGAUCAGGAUUACGUAAAUGUAAGGCCUAGUUAGUUUUCUAUGGCUAUGCAAAUAAAGUGGACUUCAUUUUCACCAUUAUAGUUCCAAGGCACAUGGGAGUAUUUCUAGAAUCACAAUCCCUUGAACUCUGUGAAGUGCUUCAGUGUGACUGUUGGAUACAUCUAUAAGAACUGAAUGGAUGUACAGUGGAACCUUGGUUUUCUAACGUAAUCUGUUCCGGAAAACCGUUCGACUUCUGAAACGUUCGAAAACCAAGGAUCAGAGGCCUAUUGGCAAAUUCCAUUGAGAAAAAUGAGAAACGCACCUUGGAAGCUGUUCAACUUCCGAGGCACAUUCGAAAACAGAAGUAUUCACUUUCGGGUUUUCGGUGUUUGGCUGCUGAAAUGUUUGGCAGCCGAGACAUUCAAAAACUGAGGUUCCACUGUACAGUGGUACCUCGGGUUACAUAUGCUUCAGGUUACAUACGCUUCAGGCUACAGACUCCGCUAACCCAGAAAUAGUGCUUCAGGUUAAGAACUUUGCUUCAGGAUGAGAACAGAAAUCGUGCUCCGGCAGCACGGCGGCAGCAGAAGGCCCCAUUAGCUAAAGUGGUGCUUCAGGUUAAGAACAGUUUCAGGUUAAGAACGGACCUCCGGAAUGAAUUAAGUUCUUAACCUGAGGUGCCACUGUAUCUAAAGGAAACAGGGAGACACUCCUUAGCUGUAGAGUGCUCUAGCCUUUCCAUUAAAAGGACACAGAGUGGAUGCAUGCUCUUAGUUGUACAGUAACUGGGAGUAAGUAGCUGUUGUCAAGUUUAAUUGUUGUCAAAUUCUUCAGGUAAAAAGCUAUCGAAUGUUUCAUGAUGACAGCAUGAAGUCAUUCUUUCGGAGGCUUACUUUUACACCUGAUGGCUCUCUGCUCCUUGUUCCUGGUAAGUGCAGAUAUUUCAUUUCCUUCACCCAGCCCUGCAGCAAAGAAUGGCGUGUGGUGUUUUCAGCAUUUGGAGAAAAACCGCUCGUGUGUAUUAGAAUUUAUUACCAAACACGUGCCUUCUCUCUCCUCCAGGAAUUUUGUAAUAUUUCCAUUACGGUAUAAAUAAAAUAAUAAUAAAUAAAGAUGAUGGCCAGCAUUAGUUACACUUGGAAUAGAUCAGUUGAAAUCAAUGGAUUUAAAUCGAAUGCCCCCUAUAAAAAUAAUAAACCAAAAAUGGUGGCAAGCUUUUCAACCCAAUAAAAUAUUUCUGCCUUGAAAACACUAGGAAUGAACUAAAGGAAAAGUAAUUCAGUAUGUGCAGCUGCAUGUUUCCCCUUCUUUCUUCAUGUAUCCAUAUUACAAUCUGUCAUAUGUUUGUACCAUUGCCACAUUCCCGUACUGUUUAAGUCUCCAUUCACCGCUUGCCAGACUGGAAAUCCUAUCCCAUUUGAAUCAUGUUGGGAAAACCAAUAUAAUUACCCUUCUGACAUUGGUUUGUUUGUUUUUUGAUUGUUUUUUUUUUGUCUUUCCGUUGUACAUGUAAAACCAAAACACUUUAAAUUAAAUCAUUGGUGCAAAAAGCUAGUCUUUUUUAUUUUAAGUGAGCCAAGGAGAUCAAAUCUCAGUAGUAUUUCUCAUUAAAGCUUUUCUAGCAAAAUAUAUCUGCAUCCACGUUGCUUGCAUUCAUUCCCUCACAGAGUCGAUCACCAAAUUAACACUGUGAUUCUAUACCCACUUACCUUGGAGUAAGCCCAGUUAAACUUAAUGGGACUUACUUCCAAGCAGACAUAGACAGAAUUACACUGUAAGUUACUGCCCUUGCAGCCUGAUGCUAAGCAUGUUUGGUGCUGUUUUGACUGCCAUACCAGAAGAGAGAACUUUUUUCAGUUCAAAACCUGAGACUGAGCAAAUGGCUCGUUCUGCCUUUUCUUCCUCCUAAAUCAGGCAUCCCUCCUAAAUCAGGCAAACUCGGCCCUCCAGCUGUUUUGGGACUACAAUUCCCACCAUCCCUGAGCACUGGUCCUGUUAGCUAGGGAUGAUGAGAGUUGUGGUCCAAAAACAGCUGGGGGGCCGAGUUUGGGGGUGCUUGCCCUAAUUGAUGUGUCUUACCAAUAGGAAAAGAGUAAUAGAGCUAUUUUGAUAUUGAGCUGCUUUUUAUUAUGUAUCUGUUAUGAAGCUGAUAUCAAUUAUCUUUGAUAGGACAAUGCUAUAGGUAGUGGUGUAUUUGUAUUUAUUAUGCCUUUGUUAUGAAACACUUGAGUUUAAUGUUUACAGAAAUCUAGUAUAAAAUGAAAGUGACUAUUUGUUCAGAAGCAAAUCUCAUUGCAGCUUUCAUCAUUUGCAUUACUUUUUCCACCUUAUGCACCAUUUCUAACAUUUCGAAACAAGCUGCUUGUAUUUUUUUGAAUAUUUUUGCAAGAUUGCCCUCUAUAAGAUGACAGUUUCAUUUGACUUGAGGCAUUCCUAAUUUUGCAGUAUUGUAAUGAGAGUACCAUGUCCAAAAUUAGGCCGUACCCCCUUGAUGAUGCCAAUACAAAUAACACUCUGAAAUCAGCCUCAUUAGUAACCCACAUUUAACUAACAUAUCCCACAUAUUUAAUAUUGUUUGCAUACAAGUCUUUGUGCAAGUAUGCACUGUCCUGUUACUGAUUUUGCAUUAGAAAUGUGGGCUGUAAGCAGAAGAUGAAUACUGCAAAAUGUACACUGUACUUACUCUCUAGAAACUUGGGGAGACCGACCAUGUACGUUUGCAGCCAAAGAAAAAAUGCAAAUUGUUUACAAGUUGAUGAUAUGCAACACACAUUUGGCAUUAAUACUGAGCCUCUAACAGCAUUCCUAUAGGUUGAAGUCACACUGUGAGUUGUUGGAAAGCUUAGUAACAAUAGGAGGGAACCUAAAGUUUGGUUUAUGUUAGUGUCUGGGGCUUUUUUAGUUAAGUAAUAGCCUUAAGGAUUAUGUGCAAAACUAACAUGAUGGCACUACUUUAACUUUCUCAGCAGGCUGUGUGGAAUCAGGAGAAAAUGUAACAAACACUACUUACGUUUUUUCCAGAAAAAAUCUGAAAAGGUAAGGUCUUACUGGAUGUAUAUUCAUUCAUAUUUUAAAUUCAUAUGGCAAAUGCCAUUUCCUAAAAAAAAUCCUCUUCUUAUUAGGCCUAUAGCUCAUUUACCUUGUCCUGGAAAGGCAACCUUAGCCGUUCGUUGCUGCCCAGUCUACUUUGAGCUCAGGUCUGCGCUUAACAAAGGUAUUGUAAAUCCUUUUGAGAAUAUAGUGUAGAUAUUUUGAAGUAUAUUAAAUCUGGCUGUGUUAAAGGGUAUACUGUUCAACAUCUUAGCUUUCUAAUGGUUAUUUGGGGUUGCAUUGCAUCACAAAUGCUGUUUGCUUAUUCUUGUAAGGAUUCAAUUUAUUUUUUACAUGCUGUUAGAAUAUUUUUGUACAGGAUAAUAACAUUUUAAUAUUUGUUAACAGGUGAAUGUCCUAAUAAAAUAUACCAGGUUCCUCAAACUGAAUUGCACGAGGAUAGAACCUUUGCAUCCUUUCCAUAUCACUGCAACAUAAUGUUUUCUUAACAGUGCCUUGGUUGCAAAUAAAACCUUAAGAGUUAGAAAAGUUAUUCACUUCUAGCAGUUGUUUCAACUUUCAGAAAAUGAGAGGGAAAAUGUUGAACAAUUACUUUUCCAAAAGUAUGCAUAAGAGCAGCUAGGGGCCAGAUCUUUUCUCCCAAGCCAUGUGCUCCAUUCUGAAAGUGCAAGGAACAUUAACUGCAUGCAUCCUUUAAAUGUGUAUUUUAUCAUUCAUUUGGGAAUGUGUUGUACAUAUUCUUACAUAUGUGUGGAACGCAUUGUUAAAAAGCAUUCUCAUUUUCCAUUUCUACAGUAGAAUUCAAGAGAGAGGUCCUCGAUGUCUUUCAUCAGGGGUCAGCAAACUUUUUCAUCAGGGGGCCAGUCCACUGUCCCUCAGACCUUGUGGGGGGCCAGACUAUAUUUGGGGGGGGGGUGAGCGAAUUCCUAUGCCCCACAAAUAACCCAGAGAUCCAUUUUAAAUAAAAGCACACAUUCUGCUCAUGUAAAUACACCAGGCAGGCCCCACAAAUAACCCAGAGAUGCAUUUUAAAUAAAAGGACACAUUCUACUCAUGUAAAAACACACUGAUUCCCGGACUGUCCGCGGGCCGGAUUUAGAAGGCGAUUGGGCCAGAUCCUGCCCCCAGGCCUUAGUUUGCCUACCCAUGUCUUUCAUCAUCCUAAAUUGCAGGAGAGGAUAUGGUUGUGGAAAGCUGAGGGUCUAAAAUGGCAAAUGGUAUUUAAUUUGAAACUCUCUUCACAUUUUAGAAGACGCUUCGAAGAAGACUGGUCUGAUAAAUCUACCCUAUCGGAUGGUUUUUGCUGUUGCUUCAGAAGAUUCUGUGCUCUUCUAUGACACAGAGCAAUCCUUUCCUUUUGGUUAUGUAUCUAAUAUACAUUACCAUACUAUUAGUGACAUUUCGUGGUAGGUAAUUUGUUUGUUUAUUGGAUUUAUAUGCUGGCUUUCUGCCAAGACACCCAAGGCAAUAUACAAUUUAAAAACUAAAACACACAAAAAAUGAAGACUGAAGAGUCCAUUGAUGCAAACUGGGAGUUGAUGGCAUAUGUGCUUCCUGGCCUGCAGUCCCUGGCCUUCUGCCUUCCUUCAGAGCAAGCAGGACACUUGUGAUUGCUUGUCACAACUGGCUUGAAUAUUUUUGAUAUACUGACCAAGACCACAUAGUAAAGAUUCUUUAACCUUAGCUUGCAUUCUCAGCACCACCAAGCACCUUGUAAAUAUUUUUGUUCCAGAGGAGCAACAAAUAUGGAGUCUUGUCAGAGCAUUGAUUUAACUUUAGUAAGGCAGAAUGUUACUGUAAAACAGAAAGUAUUACUUUUUCACACAUCUGAACUUUCCUGUGUAUAGUAAGUCAUGUCGUUAUGGAACUAUGGUGAACUUGAUUUUAAAUGUUAGUGCAAGCCUUCUAUUUCUCAUCAUCCUGGGCAUGGUGACUAAAAUAACUUUCGGCACUGUUCCAAAAACUGUUCCUUUGUUCAGCAGUAGCAUGGCCCAUCUAAACUUUAACAACAGGAAAUUGUUUCCUUUCCAUAUAGGUAAUUGUUUCCUUUCAUACAAACCCAGGACUUCAGACUGCUUGUAGCAUUUGGGGAUUUGUCAUUUAUGGCAUGGGCCUUGGCGACAAUAACCUCUGUGAUUACCCGAAGCUCCAAAAUGUCUCAUUGUCAUAACCAAAAUUGCCAUGGCUGAGAUUGGUGAACUCUGGCUCCAGCUCACACACUGCAUUUAUAUUCACAUACUUGUUUUUCUUUUAUCUACCAGAUUUAUAUGGCUAAUCCAUAUCAUAAGUUCUCUAGGCAGUUCACAAAACAAAUACAACAUUUAAAAUACCAUGCAAAAUAAUCAAGAUAAAAAUAAAACAACUGAAACCAAAAAACAAUUAAAAUGCAAGUCUCAAAACUAAGGAGUGGACCAUAAGACUUAGGACAGUGGUUCUCAAUUUGAAAGUCUUCAUCUGUCCCUGAAAAGGCCUCAAAGAGGGUGCUGGGCAAACCCCCACUGUAAGGCUGUUCCAUAACAGGGGUACCACUUCCCAAAAGGCUCUGUUGGUUGCCCAUCCCAUGUUGUUGGUGGGGGCAGCCAGAGUAGGGCCUCUGAAGAAGUUAUUUCCACAAAGUCAAAUGUAAGUCAUUUACACUCCAAACAUGCUUUAUGUUCAUAUUUCCAUUACUGAAAUGCAACUGAGGCACUUAAACUUCUUUUUAAUUCCAUAAACAAACACCAGGUCUAGUGAUGGAUCCUUUCUUGCUAUUUCUUCUACGGAUGGAUAUUGUUCUUUUGUGACUUUUGAAGAAGAUGAGCUUGGAAUACCCCUGAAAGAGAAGCCAGCUGUAAGUGCCGGGACCCCCAGCACAGCUGAGAAAAAAAUGAAAAAGGGCCAGUCUUCCAGUGUUAUCUCCCCAGUUCCAAAACCAGUGGAUGGCACUCCUCCUAAUAAGACCAUGGAUCCAAGCAGCCCAGCUGUGCAAUGCAAGACUCUGAUAAACAGCAAAGAGUUGCCCUCAACACCUAUUGCUGUUAGAAAGCCCCCAGUGCCCUCUUUGGAAGAGAAGAAACCUAUGCAGCCAUCAAGCUCAAAAGCAAACCAACCCAGGAGGGUUACCCUUAACACCUUACAAGCAUGGAGCAAAGCACCAAGGUGAGCGUAAUGCAACCAGGCUCUUCUGGUAGGUAUGAAACAGCCUUACAAAGGAAAUUCUGGCAGAUGUAGUGCCAGGAAGCAUUGCAGAUCUUCAAUGAAGCUUCUGCUCAGACUUCAUUAUAUUUGUAGUACCAUCUACGUACAUGGUGCUUUAUAAAGAACAGGUAUGAGAGGUCCCUAUCCCAGGAGUCUUGCACUCUUAAACAGACACAGGGAAACAUCAAAGGAAAAAAUGCAGAGAUGGGUAAGCAUAUUUAAGUGUAGAAUCUCUAACGGGACUGAGCUCUAGCCAUGGAGUCAAGGGAAGGGAGGGUUGGAAGGAGCCAGAGAAAGAUAGUUAGAGACGUAGCAUGAGGAAAGUGGGAGUCUGGAAAACUGUGCAUGUGUGUAAGGGUGUCAAGCGUUCUCAGUUUUUAAAUAUUUAAUUGCUUUUAGGAGAGUUGCCUUAAUUCCUCUAAAUGCAGACACUCAAGACUCACCGCCUUCUGAUCCCGUCUCUACAACUGCUUCCACGGAAACUGUUCAACAUGGUAAAAUAUCUUACUGCUGAUAGCUUUUCAAAAAGUGCCGAAUGAGUGUUGCUCUAACCGUAUUUGCCUCCACAAUUCAUGAUUGCACUGGGGGUUGGCAUGGGCGGCACAGUAAAUAUACCCUGCCCAUUUUCAUAAAUUGGGGGGAAUGUGUGAUAUUACUGUGGAAGAGCAAUGUUUGCCUGCUUGCGCAGCAGAAAUCCACAUGCACAACGGGACUUCAUGUUUCUCUACUCCCUGCUUCACCCAGCCCCAAACCUGCACCAGGUGUCCCCCAAACACUCCGGAUAGGAAGGAGAAGCAACAUAGUGCAAGUGGGCACCAAACAUACGCUAUGUUGAAUCUUACCCACUGUCUUGUUGUCCCAGUAGUUUUAACCUUCUGAAAACCUUAAACCUAAAGAUAAUGAUUUUCUUAAUUAUUUCAGAGAGGCCAUCACCACCUGAAGACCCUUUGCAAAAUCCACCACCUCCUAAGCGUCUUAAAUCUGAUGAAACUUCCAUCUCUGAAUUAACUGAAAAUGAAAAUAAAAUGUAAAGCCACUACUAAAGUGCUGAACUUCAAUGAAUGCCUUGCCUGCAGAAUGCAAGAGUUGUCCAAAGAAUACUUGCAAAAGCUACAUCAUGUGAAAUGGACGCCAAGCAUUCUAAGCAAAAAGUUGACUGUGCAGUAGGCUCUUUAGAGUCUGCGGAUGUGGAAAUCUCACCUGGUUGCAAAUGUGUAUUAUUUCAGUAGUCCUUUACACACUUAAGUUGUCCUGGAAGUCUGUAUCUGGCAGACAAAGGCUGCUUUAAAUAAAGGGUGUCUGCUUCACAAACUAACUUGCUCCAUGCAGUCCCACAGAAUUUUGUGAAACUAAUGCAUUCUGUCUUCAUUCAUUCAUUCAUUCAUUCCUUCAUUCAUGUUACGUUAUCUUCCUGUACCAAUUAAAUGCAAAAUGAGAAAAUCCAAGCUUUUUCAGCUACAUGUAAAUGACAAGGUGCCAGAGUUUUAAGGCAAGUCUUCAAUGGGCAGUUAUAUAAACUGAUUUGAAAACAAAGUUCAGAAUCUAAAACUGCUACUUUUCUCUACAUAAAACGCAGGCAAAGUUAAUUUAAAAGUCUCAUGGGGUUUUAAUAUGUCAUGCAAAUAUUACAGAUGGUUACAAUUCCUUUCUACUUAACAGUGCUUAAAAAAACUUGAAAGAGGUUGCAAUAAUAAAAAUACGUGAAAGGUUUUUGUCAUUUGUGAGUGCUUUUAUGCUUGCUAAGAAUAGCAAUAUGAUGCAGUGAUUGGAAUAAAAAGUUGAACAUUCAUAU